AUGGGAGAAACACGUCUGACAGGAUUCCAAAUAACCGCUGAAGAACUUCGUGGAUCACCAUUGGCGCCAAAUUUGUUACCAUUGUUGAUGAAUUUUCGCUUGUUUGGUAUUCCACUGGAGUUUGUUAACCUUCUCGUCGCUCUCGUUGCCUACGCCUGUACAUACCCAGCAGUUUUUUGGCGUGUCUCUAAAGCAUUCAGCUUGAUCUUCUCUUUUCAUAUGGUCAUUCAUUGUGCCGCCGUUAUCUGGGGAUACUUAGGGUUCAGCAUUCUAUUCAGAAUCCAGGAAACCAAUUACAACAGUCUUCGCCCUGUUGGACUUGGUAAGUACACGUUAUAA